GGGAAAUCCAGCAGCACGUUGUAGUCGGUCACUGCGACUGGCGGCGAGAGUCUGCCACACACAGAGAGGAGAGGAGAAGGACACAGACAGAAGUUCGUCGAUGCCGCCCCUAUUUGUUGUUCUUUUGGGCACUGCCCUGUUCAUUCCAUCGCAUGCCGCCCUUGGCAAGGCAGCGACGUCAUCGUUCUUCAGGAAGAGAUCCCUCCUCACAUCGUAUGGAAUGCCUGAGCUUAGCGCCACGCCUCAGGGGACGUUUCCCGACUCAUCGUUUGACGCCGAUGCUGCCGCCGCGACAGCCAAUGGAUCCACUGCUGAUGUUCGGCGCAACAGUACAUAAAAAUGAACAAGUCUGGUGCGUUGAACUUCUCAUGCGUACCGGCUUCUCACUUCCUUUGCAGACCGACGGUUGCUGUUCUUGGUGGAAGUGAACAGGUGAAAGGGAAAAGGAGAGGCCGAUGAACGAAGCUUCUCAUGCGCACGUGUGUGUCGACAGGCACGGUGCCCGAUCUGUGCUCGGCGAAUACGAGAACAUGGAGAACCCUGGCCACUCGUGGCCGGGCGGCAAGGGGUGGCUGACGGCUGUGGGGCAGCGCCAGCACUACGAGGUAGGCCGCAUCAUUCGCGAGAUCUACAUCAAGCAACUCCACUUCCUCAGCGAGAGUUACAAGCCGGUGACGAAAGACUAAGAGAGAUGUCUGAGAUGUUGCUGGCCUCGUCUCCUGUCAGGAGGAGGUCUACGUGCGAGCGACAGAAAAGCCGCGAACACUUAUGUAUUUCCGAAAGGAGGGGCCGGUAGUGGCUUGCCAUGUCUGUCUUUCUUGUGGUCUCAGGUCCGCCCAGAGUCAGAUGUACGGCAUCUUCCCCAACGGUAGAUGAGUGAGCUGCCCACGCAUCAAUUAUGCUUUUUGCCGUCUUGUAGGCCACGGGUCGAAGCUUUCUGCCGUCAACGGCCGAAGAGCGUUGCUCGUCGGAGUGGAGAAUCUCAACGGCAAAAUCGACAUCGAUGCACUCGAGGAGGAGCUAGCAAAGGACGACACGUGCGCCCUGCCUGUGAGACAUACGGCCUGGCCUGCUUUCCUUGCCAUGUCGUGUGUCCCUUCAAAUGCACGCAGGGCUGCGUGCCAAGCUUCCCGGUCUUCAGUGCACCAAGACACCAUGACCCAAUGCUCAGAGGUAGGAACGGCGCGUAAGGGAUUCGUUGAUGCAUGUGCAUGUGUGUGGCUCCUUUACUGCAUGCAGCUCACACUUUGGACUGCGCGUACGUAGAUGGGCUCAUGGAGAUGGCCAGGGAGUCGCCGGAGUACAAACACUACACUGAUUUCUAUGCCAAGGAGAUUCAGGAUGGCGCCAAGCUCUACCCACGCAUUCUUCCUGAUGGUCGCCCCAUCAGCCCCUUCAGGUCACCUUUCGCACUGCUGCGUCUCACCGGCAUUGUCGUCAUGCUUCGCACGCCAUUUCUUGUAAUGUGUCUCCCUCUGCAUAUGAUGGCGUGUCUCCAGGACGUUGGCAGGAAUUGGCAGCAACAUCAAGUGCGAGGAGACGGACGGCCGCACCCCCAUGCUCAGCGGACAUAAACACCUGACCAAGUAGGCCAAACGGGGGGAACGAAAGGGGAGUGAGAUCAUGGUGUCUACGUGGUCUCGGCCAGCGUCGCCAAGUAUCUCUCAGAGAUGCGCAUGAGCCUGGUGGGGGCGAAUGCAACACAAGGGAUAAUCAAUCCGUCCCCUGUAUGUCACUGCAUGCAUUGGUGUGCUCACCCCGCGUAGGUGUACGGUCAUCCUGCCUUUGCGAACUUUGCGGGCCAAUACUUCUUCUCCAGCAUGGCCGAUCUGUUUGAGGCGAAGGCCCACCCGGACAACGAUAAGCUGCAGGACUUGGCUUAUCACCGCCUCAAAGUGGUGAACACCACACACACACACACACACACACACAACAGACAGACAGACAGACAGACAGACAGAUCAAAUGGCUGUUUGUUGCAGACACCUGGGAUGACCUCUGCCGCCGACUUCUGGGGCACGCUCAAGUUCAUGAUGUUUGCCGCACACGAUACGACACUGGUAGGCGAAUCACGAAUCGUCUCGGUCGGAUCAGCGGUGUUUGGAAGGACAUUCCUUUCCCUUGUCUCUCUCUCUCUUUUGUUGUGUGGCCACAGUCGUACUUCCUCAGGUGAGAGAGGCACAAGCAAAAGAGGCCACAAGAGGUUGUGUUCUCUCAGGUACCUGGAGGGCUUUAGCCACGCCCCGCCGUUCGCAUCGGUAGGAUCGACACUGCCUACCUGUGGAGAUGCGAUUUCGAUGUUUCUGAGGUCGUUUCUUGCAUCCAGACCCUCUUCUUGGAACUCUGGGAGGACCCCAGACAGCCCUCAGGCCACUUUGUGAAGGUCAGCCAUUUGUUUUGAUUCCAUCCAUUUGUCGACGUCCUUUCAAAUGUGUCUCUGCUGUGUGACGGGUCGUGUGGUUGAGCAGUUCAUCUACAACUGGAAGCCCCUCAAGCUCAACUGGUGCGACUAUCACGUCGAGUGUGGUCUUGACAGAGUCAUCCAGUACUGGAGGUGAGACACACACACACACGCACGCGAGCACGCACCACAGUGCCUUUGCCCUUUGGGCUGCAGGGAGAAGGCCAAGAUGGAUCCGGUCGAGAAGCGCUGCCCCGACGAGUUCCCUGUCAUCUACCCACAAGAACGUCCCAUGGUCUGAUACGCACAAGCCAAGACAGCCGCACUUUUACAAAAUGAGAGAGAUGAGCUAGGAGACCAUGACAUGGUGAAAGGGGAAAGGAAGGAAAACGGAUGUGAAUCAGUGGUGCCUUAGGGAGGUCUCGAAUGAGACACGGGACGGACACAAAUGUUAC